GUCGACCAUAUCCCUCUCCCUCUAUAAAUAGCAGCACAAUUACUUCAAGACUCGAGGAGAUUAAAAACAAAAAGUCAAAUAUGAGAAUGCUAUGCUCUAAAAAGAUGAGAGAACAAGUAGUAUUCAAAUCCACUCUCAUCUUCCUCUUCAUCUAUCGUGUGAUUUCAACUCCUCCCGAGGAUCCGAUUAACUGUUCUUCUAAGAAUACAAACUGCACUAUCACGAACACGUAUGGAGUCUUUCCUGACCGAAGUAUUUGCCAGGCUGGUGAGGUUAUGUACCCAACCACAGAGGAAGAGCUCAUAUCCAUGGUUGCAUCAGCUUCUAAAAACAACACAAAAAUGAAAGCUGCAACACGCUUCUCUCACAGCAUCCCUAAGCUUGUUUGCCCUGAUGGCCAAAACGGGUUGCUGAUAAGCACCAAAAAUCUCAACCAGAUAUUGAAAACUGAUGCGGCAGCAAUGACUAUGACGGUGGAGAGUGGUGUAACACUGAGGCAGUUCAUCAGUGAAGCUGCUAAGGCUGGAUUUGCGUUGCCAUAUACACCUUAUUGGUGGGGUAUAACCAUUGGUGGCCUUAUGGCCACAGGUGCUCAUGGAAGUACAUUGUGGGGCAAGGGAAGUGCUGUUCACGAGUAUGUUGUGGAGCUUCGAAUUGUUAGCCCCGCAGGACCUGAAGAUGGUUAUGCUAAGGUUCGGGAUCUUAACGAAUCUGACGAAGAUCUUAAUGCAGCCAGAGUUUCCUUAGGUGUUCUUGGAGUUAUUUCUCAGGUUACCCUGAAAUUAGAACCACUCUUCAAGCGAUCUCUUACAUAUUUGAAGAAAAAUGAUUCAGAUUUAGGAGAUGAAUUGAUUACUUUUGGAAGAAAGCAUGAGUUUGCUGAUGUAACAUGGUACCCAAGUCAAAAAAAGGCCGUGUAUAGAAUUGAUGACCGUGUCUCCCUAAAUAAAUCUGGCAAUGGCUUAUAUGAUUUCAUCCCAUUUCGCACUACACUCUCGGCCGAAUUGGCAGUUGUAAGAGCCACAGAGGAGCUUCAAGAAGCAACACACGAUGCUAAUGGAAAGUGCAUUGGUGCAAGGUUGAUAACAGCGACACUGGCAGGCACUGGUUACGGAUUGACUAACGAUGGAUUCUUUCUUGGAUACCCUAUUGUUGGAUUUAACAACCGCAUGCAGUCAUCGGGGACAUGCUUGGACAGUUUAAAUGAUGCAAAGAUCACAGCAUGUCCAUGGGACUCAAGAAUCAAGGGAGAAUUCUUUCAUCAAACUGCAUUUAGCAUUCCCUUGUCUGUAGUAAAGAACUUCAUUGAAGAUGUGCAAAAGCUUGUGGAGUUGGAGCCAGAGGCACUGUGUGGCUUAGAACUAUAUGAUGGAAUCCUUAUGCGCUAUGUUACGGCUUCCAAAGCAUACCUUGGAAAACAAGAAGAUGCUGUGGAUUUUGACAUCUCAUACUAUCGCAGUAAAGACCCAUUGGCUCCUAGGCUUUUUGAAGACAUACUUGAAGAGAUAGAACAAAUUGGAUUGUUCAAAUAUGGAGGGUUACCCCACUGGGGAAAAAAUAGAAACAUAGGGUUUCUGGAAGCAAUCCAGAAAUAUCAAAAUGCAGACAAAUUUUUGAAGGUUAAAGAGGUGUAUGAUCCACGAGGACUUUUCUCCAGUCAGUGGACGGACCAAGUGCUUGGACUUAAAGAAGGGUUGACAAUAUUGAAGGACGGGUGUGCAUUGGAAGGGUUGUGUAUAUGCUCGCAAGAUAGUCACUGUGCACCAAACAAAGGUUACUUUUGCAGACCAGGCAGAAUUUAUAAGGAAGCAAGGGUUUGUACACGUGAUGUUCAGAAUACCAAAGGAGAAAAUGAUGAGAAGGACGAGCUGUGA